AUGGGAUCAACUCGGUGGUGGCGAAAUGGCUGGGGCUCGCCAAGCCGUCCGACUCGGGGCGCAGGGCCACGCGGGGCCACGCCAAGUACCCCGAUCGGCCAUGGCUUCGAGCCCAAGAUGCUGCAGUUCAGCGGCCAGGGCUUCCGCGCGGGCUUGGUCCCGUGCAACCACACCGACGUCUACUGGUUCUUCACAUGGUCUCCUUCUCCUACUCCGGGCGGUAAGGAUGACGCCGAGCAGAACCCGGCGGAGAUGAAGCAGUUCGUGCUGGCCAAGCUCAGAAGCAUCAAGGCUCCUCCCGAGGUGCUGGAAGCGGUCGAGAGGAGCGAGAUGAACGACGUCCUCGUGGCGCCGCUGCGGUACCGUCCCCCGCUGUCGCUCCUGUCCGCGAGCAUCAGCAAAGGGAACGUGUGCGUCGCCGGCGACGCCCUCCAUCCGACGACGCCGGACCUGGCGCAGGGCGCGUGCGUCGCGCUGGAGGACGCGGUCGUCCUCGCGCGGUGCCUCGGCGACGCCAUCGUCGGGACGGAACGGGAGGUGGAGGCGGCUCUGCGCCGGUACGCCGGGAUCCGGCGGUGGAGGAGCGCGCAGGUGAUCGCGGCGUCCUACAUGGUGGGGCGUGUGCAGCAGAGCGAUCACGCCGUGGUGAGGUUUGCGCGGGACAGGCUGCUGUCCGGGAUGCUCGCCAAGGGGCUCCUCAUGAUGCCGGAUUUCGACUGCGGCACGCUGUGA